GACCUCCCCCCGUUUCAAUCAAAAUGGAAAAAAGUUUCCUCCCUUCCCCUCUCUUCUGAAUCCGGCAUCACCAUGCAGAACACCGUCGCGAACCCUUCCACUGCGGCCGCCGCCGCUGCGGCAGGGAACGGCGGCGUCCAAGCAUCGGGGGCUGGAGGGGAGCGGCCGGAGGACGCGUCGAAGCAGAACCUGGCGCAGGUGACGAGCUCCAUCCAGAAGACGCUGGGCCUGCUCCACCAGCUCAACCUCACCGUCUCCUCCUUCAACUCUGCCUCCCAGCUCCCCCUCCUCCAGCGCCUGAAUGCGCUUGUGGCGGAGCUCGACACGAUGCAGAAACUCGCCGAGGGGUGCAACAUCCAGGUGCCUAUGGAGGUCGUCAAUUUGAUCGACGAUGGGAAGAACCCCGACGAGUUCACUAGGGACGUGCUCAACAGCUGCAUCGUCAAAAACCAGAUCACCAAGGGCAAGACUGACGCUUUCAAGGGCCUACGGAAGCAUCUUCUUGAGGAGCUUGAACAAGCUUUCCCUGAGGACGUAGAAGCAUACAGGGAGAUACGUGCUACUUCUGCUGCUGAGGCAAAGCGGUUGGCUCAGUCCCAGGGUACUUUGCCUAAUGGAGAUGUCAAAGUGAAAGCUGAGCAUUGAGCGAAUGGUACGACUACAGAGGGCAAGUUUGUUAUCUCUGCUUAGUUUUGGGGAUGGCUUUGUUAACCAGAAACAUGCAUAUCUUUCUAUUGCACGUCCCCUGAUCAGUGAAUGUGUACAUACUAUCGUAGCAUGUGUGGCCCAAUGUAUUCAACUUAACUAAUAACUUCAAAAAGAUAUCCGGA